AUGGACAACGGCGACCUGUUUACGCUAAAGACGAGCGUCGUUCCCCAUGGGACGACCAAGGUGGGCGUGGUGUACACGAAUGACCCUUCCGUUCUCGAGAGCACCCUCCAGAUGUACGAACACAAUCUGAGAGAGGACAGGCCCAGGUUCGUCGGCCUCGACCUAGAGUACACUUCAGAUCAAUCAAGAACCGCCGUCGUUCAGUUGGCCAUGGACCAGCACGUCCUGGUGUACCAUUUCUGCAGGAGUCCUGACACGCAGGCGCUGCGAGAAUUCCUUCAACAUAAAGGAAUUUGUUUCACAACUGUUGACAACACGGGUGACUCUAUCAGGCUUGCUAAAGAUGGCAUUAGAAUUCCUAAACAUAAGUGGAUUGACAUCCAGGAUAUGAUCAAUUUCAAUGGUCCUGGGAAGAGGACUGGCAUGGGUGAUUUGGCUGCGGUCAUCAUUGACCCAUCUUACAAAAACAUGAAGAACAAGUUCCCUACUAAGAGCCACAAUCACUGGGAGUGGCAGCCAUUGCCUGAAGUAAACUUGAGGUAUGCCGCGAUUGAUGGGUAUGUCAGUUUUGAGUUGUAUAGGCGACUCAACAAAAUCAAUGAAGGGUAG